UGACACGUGCUUGAAAUAUAAAUUUUACUAUCCAUCAGUGGCAAGGAAAACAACAAUAACAGAAGCCAAACUUGGGAUUACCUCGGCAUUGUUUAUACAAGAAAACGGCAUGUCCUUUCAGCGCAGCUACAGCAAGGUCUGGUGGGGAUCCGAGCAGUCCUCCCUGACCAGCGGCGGCUUCUAUUCGAGCUUCAACAGUGGUAGCAGCAGUGGCACCACCUCCAACUUUACCCACAGACAGCCCACCUCCCUCGGCCCUCUGGGCAAUCUAUCCUGCAUCCAGGAGGUGGAGGACGAGCAGAACACCUCAAAGCUAUCCUGGCACAAGCAUGAUAGUCCCGGCAGUCUGCGCAGUCAGGAUUCUGGCUUCUCUGACAAUGAGGAAUCGCAUCAGCUGCACCAUCAGCAACAGUCAGCCCCACAGUCGCCGCAAUCGGAUAAGCAGCAAACGCCCGCGGCCACACCCACCUCCGUGCAUUCGGUGGCGACGCCCCCAACUGUGGUGCGCCGUGUGGGCAACUCCUCGUUUUACUCACCGCUGAUCAGUGUUACCCGGCGAAUUUCCUUUUCCAGCGGCCAAAUUACGCCCAAAGCUAAAUCUGGAGAGAAUGAAGAUAUAGCGGACGAGGAGCUGGAGGCUAGUCGCAGUCGUCUUUUCGAGCAGCUGGACAGCAUGAAACUGGACGAUGAGGCGGCAGAGGCCGAGGAGGAUUCACCUCCACGUCCGGCCAUAAGGCGCCGCAGGCGACUGAUGCGUAAAACCAAACCGGAUCCGGAAGAGGCUUCGGCUAGCGAGGAGGAGAUGGCCACAGUUUUGCCGCCGCCACCGCCGUACAAUAAUGAAACUGUGUACUUAGGGGAGGCACCACCGCCGUACAACAACGAAACAGUGACUUUUGGAUCCACCGAACAGGAUGAGACCAACCAGUUGCAACCUUCUCCCUUGAGAGUAAGAGCCUUGCGAUUCACAGCUAGUACCAGUACACCAAAGAGUGGUUCAAAGAUAGCCAAGAAGGGAAAGAAGCACCCGGAACCGGUAGUAAGUUGGAUGGCGGAACAGCGAUGGGCCGGCGAACCAGAGGUGAUGUGCACCCUGCAGCACAAGUCCAUUGCCCAGGAGGCGUACAAGAACUACACCAUUACCACCAGUGCUGUCUGCAAGUUGGUCAGGCAACUGCAACAACAGGCUCUAUCGCUCCAAGUCCAUUUCGAGCGUAGUGAGAGGGUUCUCAGCGGACUGCAGGCCAGUUCGUUGCCGGAAGCUCUUGCCGGGGCCACUCAGUUGCUGUCCCACCUGGACGACUUCACCUCGACUCUUGAGCGCAGGGGAAUAUUCUUCAAUGAUGCCAAAAUCGAAAGGAGGCGCUAUGAGCAACACUUGGAGCAAAUCCGUACAGUGAGUAAGGAUACUAGGUACUCCCUGGAGCGACAGCACUAUAUCAAUCUCGAAUCCCUGCUGGAUGAUGUGCAACUCCUGAAGAGGCACACUUUGAUCACGUUGCGACUAAUCUUUGAGAGAUUAGUUCGUGUUUUGGUGGUCAGCAUCGAGCAGAGUCAGUGCGAUCUGCUGCUGAGGGCUAAUAUCAAUAUGGUAGCUACUUUGAUGAACAUCGACUACGACGGAUUUGCCUCCUUGUCCGAUGCCUUCAUCCAGAACGAGGCAGUGCGAACGUUGCUAGUAGUGGUCUUAGAUCACAAACAGAGUUCCGUGAGGGCUCUGGCACUCCGGGCUCUGGCCACCCUGUGCUGUGCCCCACAAGCCAUCAAUCAACUGGGCAGUUGUGGAGGCAUCGAGAUUGUGAGGGAUAUCCUUCAGGUGGAAUGCGCUGGGGAGAGAGGAGCCAUCGAGCGGAGGGAGGCCGUAUCGCUACUGGCCCAGAUCACUGCCGCCUGGCAUGGUCCGGAGCAUAGAGUUCCGGGUUUGCGGGACUGCUCCGAGAGUUUGGUAGCAGGACUAGCCGCUCUCUUAGGACCAGAGUGCUGUACGCAAACGUUGCUCCUCUGCGCCGCUGCCCUCAACAACUUGAGCCGGAUGGAGGCAACUUCUCACUACUCCAUCAUGUCCAAUGAGGCCAUCUUCCGGCUGAUUGACACCCUGGAACACCAAACCUGCGGCACCAGUGUCUUUCUCUAUGAGCAGAUCGUUGGGAUGCUGCACAACAUGUCGCUGAACAAGAAGUGCCACAGCCACUUGGCCAACGGCAUCAUCAUAAAUUUCAUCACGUCCGUGUACCAAACGGAAUUCUACAAGACCUACGGCUCACGUGCGGAGAGCGAUGCCCAGCGCCGUACCAUCAAAACCAUCCUGCACACAUUGACGCGACUGGCCAGCGAUUCGCCGACCCUUGGAGCGGAGCUCCUGGAGCAGUGGCAUCUGCCGGAUCUGCUGCGUCAAUCCCUGGCCCUCAGGCCCUCCAAUCCGCAGCAUCAGCACCUGGACAGCAGUUACGGCGGGGAUAUAUCCCAGCUGGCCCGACAACUGCUCGGUGCCCACCAACAGGAACAACAGCUGCUGCUGGCCACUCCCACGCUAACCGGUUCCUUCUCCAGUGGUCACCAAACGCCCGAGGCUCAAACCCAAACCCAGAGCAAUUCCAGUGGAAUCUCCAGCUCCAGCAGCAAAACCAAGGCCAAGACGUCGUCGUCGUCGUCGUCGCUGCUCAAAUUCAAUUUAACACGUCAGGAGAGUUUCGUCUAGUUUUCACCACCUGAGGAGAGAUGGGGGAUAUUCCAAGUCCCCAUCGGAGUGCACAGAGAAAAAUCUAUAACCAAGUUAUACCAGUUUACUAAUAAGUUUUACCAUUUCUAGUUUAUCUACAAGUCUAUAUCUAUUAAUGAAUGAAAUAAGAAACGUUACAAGGAAAAUAUGAAUAUUCUCAAAUGUUAAAUGCCUAAAAUAGUACAAAUUUUUGAUUUUUCUGAUAAAGCUAUCAAUGCUUGUAUAUAGUUUAGCUUUUGUGAGCUGUAGGUAUUUCCUAAUGCUUUAUCUGACUAAUCAAAAAUCCAUAACUCUAUGUCAAAUUUCAGUAAUUAGAAACGCCUAACUUUUGACCUAUUUUGGGGACAUUUUCUCUCCGUGUGAACACGUCCUCCGGCCGGACACAAGCCGGAAACUCAGACGUGCGUCAAGUGUUAUUACUUUGUCUAGAAUGUUGCGUGACCCGUUUGGACUCGCUCUCCCUCUCGUUUGGACCUCACUAUACCAUAUCCUAGCUGCUGGAUGUAAACGAAGUAAUUUUUAUAUUUCCACUCAGGCAAACAAAACAAACUGAGGGGGCGGAGCGGGAUGCCAAAUAAAUAGAAGUACAAUUUUUGUUUUGCUAUUUUUUGUGUUGCCGAGGCAACUUUUGGUAUCCUUGUGUGUUUAUAACAAGAAUGCUCUUAAAGUGAUUUUUCCCUCGGUAGCCAGAUUUAUUUCUAUGUUACAUUCAAUGCACAUGCAAAUGCAAAUGCAACUUUGACAUUUCGCAUUCUUAUUGUAAAUAUUUUCCCAAAAAAUCCUGAACAUAACCCCAUACGGCUGGCAAUUUAAAAACCAAAAACUCGGAAAAUUCCUUAGCUGUAGGAGUCCUUUGUGCCAAAUAAAAUGAGAAAAGAAAUUCAAACGAUUUAUUUGUUUAGUACUUAAAGCAAUCGCAUUGCAUAACAUUGUAUUAUAUAUAUGAUAGAUAUGAAUGUAUUUACGCUUUCCACAACUGCUUGGAGCUACGUUUAAGUUUAUUUUAAGAUUAUUAAAUUAGACAUUGCUUACAUGGCAAUUCUGUCGCUGGAAUAAACCUUCUUAUGUUUAAACAAA